UUGCAGCUUCAUUUGUAACAUAUAUGAUGUGGAGAGGGAAAAGCUCAUGGAGAAGUUGAGAAAAGCCAAACGUUUCUCCAUCAUGAUUGAUGGGGCAACUGAUGGUGGCACCAUUGAAAAUGAAGCUGUCUAUAUCCGCUUCAUGGCAGACGAGGGUCCAGUAAAUGCUUUCCUCUCCAUUCAAGCUGUUAAGCAUGGAAAUGCUUCUGGGAUCCUUGAUGCCAUCUAUGCAGCAUUUGGAGAAGCUGGCAUUGAUGACUGGAAAGAACGGCUAGUGGGAUUUGGCAGCGAUGGAGCAGCAGUCAAUGUCGGAUGCAGAAAUGGGGUGGCAGCGCAGCUUCUGAGGGACAUUCCAUACCUCAUCUCCAUACACUGUGUUGCUCAUCGCCUGGAGCUGGGUGUGACUAAAGCAAUUAAAGAAAAUGCCAACAUGGUACAGCUUCAGAAUACACUAAAGAACCUAUAUGACCAGUACCACUACUCCCCUAAGGCUCUCAGGGAGCUUCACCUGAUUGCUGAGGCCCUGGAGGAGAAGGUACUAAAGCCAUCCAACCUCCAGGGUGCCCGAUGGCUACCAUAUGUGGAUCGUGCAACAAAGAUUGUAUGUGAUAGUUACCCUGUCCUCCUGGCCCAUUUUGAGGACAUGGCAAGCAUGGAAAGGAACCCCAAACCAUCACCAGCUGUCAUUGGAAGAGCGAAACAAGUCACUGGGUAUCUCAAGAACCUGCACCAUUUAAUCUUCCUACACUUCAUGUGUGACACACUGGAUCAUCUCGCUCUUUUGAGCAAAGAGUUCCAGAAAGACAACAACACGGUGUGUCAAGCGGUUGAAAGCCUGGAGACAUGUUACUGGAACCUGACAGCACUCAAGACAGAAAUGGGUCCACAGAUGGCCAAAGUCUACGAGGCAGUGAAGACUAAUGGAGAACACAGAGGAGUGCAGUUCCACGUUCAACAUACAGUUCCAAGCUUGGAAGCAGAACGAGCUGUAGUGAUUGAUGAGAGAUGUGAACGGUUCAGGAGUUUGGUGACACUCCUGAAAAUUUACUUGUUCCUGCCAGUCAGCACAGCUGUGUGUGAGAGAGGGUUCUCAGCUAUGAAACGCGUCAAGUCUAACUGGAGGACUAGCCUCAACUCAGUCCAGCUUCAUAGGCUGCUAUUUCUGUCAAUAGAGGGCCCAAAGUUGCAAGACUUUGAUGCUGGAUUGGUGGUGGAGAGGUGGUGGACCUGCAGCCAAAGGCAGCGGCGCCCAGGAUUUAACCCCUGGGAAUCAAGGCGUCGGUCCGAAGAUACAGAGGAUGAAUAG